GAGUAAAAGAAAAGUAAACAAUAAGAACCUUAAAAAACGGUGAAAAGGAAAUACUAUAAAAGGCGAUGCAUGUAUUCAUCCAAAUUGAACAAUGCCGAAACAAAUUCAUGAUCGUGGAUCAAACUCACUGUGGAUGGAUGUGAUUGGCUUAAAUUUUUGACUUCCCCCACUGCACAAAAAAAAAAAAGAAAAUUCAGCGAGACGCAACAAAAACCUGUACGCUCGAGUUUCCACUCACAUAAUAGAUUCACACCAUGGGCGUUCGAGUACUGCAUUUACUUCGGCCGUUCAUGUCGGUUUUGCCCGAGAUUGCCACCCCCGAUCGAAAGGUGCCAUUCAAUGAAAAGGUGCUGUGGACUGGCGGCACCUUGCUUAUGUUCUUGGUCAUGUCGCAAGUGCGUCUUUACGGCAUUGUUUCUUCUGAUUCCUCGGAUCCUUUGUACUGGAUGCGCGUCAUUCUCGCUUCCAACCGUGGCACACUGAUGGAGCUCGGUAUUAUGCCUGUUCUGACGUCGGGUAUGAUUAUGCAACUUCUCGCAGGUGCCAACUUUAUCAAGGUCGACUACAAUUUAAAGGAAGACCGUGCUUUGUUCGCUGGAGCUCAAAAACUUUUUGCCGUACUUAUCGCGAUUGGUCACGCCACUGUGUCUGUGUUGACGGGAUUGUAUGGCAAUCCCAAAGAUAUUGGUGCUGGUGGUUGUUUGCUAUUGAUCGUGCAAUUGGUGGCAGCUUGUUUGAUCACGAUGCUGAUGGAUGAAAUGUUGCAAAAGGGUUACGGCUUGGGUUCGGGUAUCAAUCUGUUUAUUGCCGCCAACAUUUGUCAAACCAUCAUGUGGCAAGCCUUGUCGCCCAGCACUGUGAAUGUCGGUCGUGGCGAUGAGUACGAGGGUGCAUUGAUUUCAUUGGUUCAUUUGAUGACAUCCCGUCACAACAAAGCUCGCGCCUUGAAGCAAGCCUUUUAUCGUGGUCACCUUCCCAAUGUGAUGGGUCUGUUGUCAGCCGUAUUUAUCUUUGGUCUGGUCGUUUACGUGCAAGGUUUCCGUGUGGAACUUCCCGUCACAUCCAACCGCAUGCGUAGCCAACGCGGCACCUAUCCGAUCAAACUGUUCUACACUUCCAGCAUGCCUAUCAUGCUCUACUCGGCCAUGAUUGCCAAUGUCUUCAUGAUCUCUCAGAUGCUCUACCAGCGUUUCGGUACCAAUCUUCUCGUGCGCUUGCUCGGUGUGUGGCAUCCCAUUGAUGAAUCCAAUCAGUUGCUCGCUACCAACGGUGUCGCCUAUUAUCUUUCGGCUCCUCGCAAUUUGACCCACGCCAUUCUCGAUCCUAUUCACACCGUGAUUUACAUCGCCAUUAUGGUGACCGGUUGCGCUUUGUUAUCCAAAUCAUGGGCCGAAAUCUCGGGCUCAUCGCCUCGUGCUGUGGCUCAUCAGUUGAAGGAACAACAGUUGGUGAUUGCUGGUUACCGUGACGCUUCCAUGUACAAGGAAUUGAAACGUGUUGUUCCUAUUGCUGCUUCUUUCGGUGGCGCUUGUCUUGGAGCCAUUUCUGUCCUGGCCGAUCUCAUGGGUGCUAUCGGUUCCGGUACCGGCAUUUUGCUCUGUGUCACCAUUAUCUUCCAGUACUUUGAAAUGUUUGUCAAGGAGCAGAUGGAAAGCGGCGCUGGUCCCGAAACCAUGCUCAUGGGUUAAUUAGGCAAAAAAAAAAAAUGCAAUUAGGGUUUGAUUGUCAUUUGCAACCAUUUAUUUAUCAAUUCUAUGUGUCGCAUAGGAUUGAACGAAUGUAUAAAAAAAAUUAAGAAAUACUUCAAUAC